GGGCGGAUUAAUACUCCUGUCACACGUCCACAGGUAUAUUGAGUAACGGUUUUCAUGUCCACGUUGGAGGACUUAAAAAAUGGGCGGAUGAUCUGCUCGGUGAGAAGGAGUGACGGGGAACAACGGUGGAGAUGACGGGGCAAACCGAGGCAGACAUACCAGAAACAGGAGCCAUCUUUACAUUUGGAAAGAGCAGUUUUUCUGACAAUGUGCCCAGCAAAUUCUGGUUGAAGAAUGACCACCCAGCGCAUAUAUCAUGUGGCAGAGAGCACUCUGCUGUAAUCACAGAAAAUGGGAGGUUGCUCAUGUUUGGUGGUAAUACUUGUGGUCAACUGGGGUUCAGAUUAAAGCCAGCUGCUAAUAAACCUUCCUCUGUGAAAGCCUUGAAGUCUGAAAAAGUGAAGCUUGUGGCUUGUGGGAGAGAUCACACCAUUGUUUGCACAUUUCUGGGCAAUGUGUACGGUGCUGGUAAUAACCAGGAGGGGCAGCUAGGUUUGGGCCACUGCAAGAACACAAGAACAUUUCAACUCUUGCCAUCCUUCUGCGAGCGUGCGCAAAUGAAAAUGCUUUCUGCAGGAUGCAGCACUUCAGCUGCCUUAACAGAGGAUGGGAGGCUGUUCAUGUGGGGAGACAACUCUGUGGGUCAAAUUGGCUUAGGGGACAAGCUGUGUGCAACAGAACCCAAAGAGGUGAACAUAGGAGAAGCAGUGACAUGGGUUUCCUGCGGGGACCACCACUCAGCUUUUGUCACAGUGCAUGGUGGCCUCUACACAUUCGGUGAGAUUGCUAAUGGAAGACUUGGUCUUCCGGCGGAGCAGCUGGCCAAUCAUAAAGUCCCUCAGCGUGUGCAAGGCAUUCUGGGUCGUGUAACACAGGUGUGCUGUGGAGGGCAGCACACUGUGGCACUUACAGGAGAGGACGUGCACACGUUUGGCUGUGGUCGAUAUGGUCAGCUGGGUCACGGAACAUUUCAGUUCGAACUCUGUUUGCCAGAACCACUGAAGCAUUUUCAUCACAGCAGCAUCCGACACAUCGCCUGUGGAGAAAACCACACCGCUGUAGUCACAAAGAGCGGGUUGCUCUACACAUUUGGAGAUGGCCGUUAUGGAAAGCUGGGGUUAGGGGACGAGAACUUCAUCAACCAGUUCAGUCCAACACUUUGCACACGUUUCCUCCCGUACAGCGUUCAGUCUGUGUCCUGUGGUAGUCAACACAUGCUGGUCCUGGCUGCACCCAGACCACCAGGGAGCCAGGAUGUUGAGCUGGAUAAGGAUGUCAUAAUUACAGACUACCUUAUGGAGUCAAAUUAUGACGAGAUCCUGUUAAAAGACUCCCUCAUUUAUCCAGCUCCUGUAGUCCCGUUCUCAGCUCUUGCUGCUCGAGCCCGGCACAGAGAAAAAAAGAGUUCUGUGGAGCUGUUUGGAAGAAAGUUUCAUAAUCUCCCUCAUCUUAAUUCUGGCUUCCUCAACACCUCUUGGCAAACAUCAAGAAAUAUCCAAACCCAGAAAAAGCUCUCCAGGGAUGUUGCUACCCCCACAUCAAGCCCCAAACCACAAUCAGAGGCAACAGCAAGCCCACUUUUAUUCCCCAGAUCUCAGUCCAUAUCCCCUCACAGUGUAGCAGUGUCCUCAAAGUCAUCAAGACCACAGUCGCAAUCAUCAUACUCGCGUCAGAGCAAAGCUUCCACCACUGGUUCCUCAAAGUCCAAAUCUAAAAUGUUGCCUCACUUACUUUCACCUAAGUCUAUAACUAAAUAUAAACCCAGCAGUCCUGCAUCUAUUAAAGAGACAGCAAAAAUUAGAAGAUACCAAGCAGCAGCCACUAGAAAGGCCUUAAGCAACAAACUGUCUUCUCCUUUACCACCUAAAGCGCCCUGCAGCCCCACUAGACCACUCAAUAAAAAUCUAAGUGACGGAGAGCAUCCAGCCUCACCACAAACGGAGAGAGAAGCUUUAGAGAAACAACUAGUCCCUCAAGAUGUGGAAGACAGAGAAGUAGAGGCUGUCUUUCUGCCAUAUACGGAAGGGGAACAGGGCACACGAACUGCAAAAGGGGAAGAGGCAUAUGCAGAACACAUCCAGUCUGAUGGAAACACCAGCCAAAACUCUCCUAAAGCCUUACCGACAGAGCUUUUGACAGGCUCCAGCUCCAUCAAAACAGAAGUGAAAAGAAAGGAAAAUAAACAAAUCACAUCUAAAGGCCAAGGAAGCAUUACUAUGGACUCUGGAAAAACAAAAAAGCUUGAAAAUAGGAAGGUACAAAAGGAGCUCUCUAGUUUUAAAUCAGCUAAACAUGACAAAAGCAAACAGUCAGAAUAUAGUCCAAAAAUCCAACAAUCUAUUCAAAAGACAAAGACUGAAGUUAAGAAACAUGCCAGGAAAAAUAUGGAAGAGAGUAAAAGAAGCAAAGAUAAUGCAACAGACAACUCUAAUAAAGACUUGGUAGGGACUACAGAAAGAGUGAAAAUGAUUUCAUCAGCUUUUGACAGGACAACCCCAGUCCUCAAGAUUGCAAAUGGAAAUGAAACAACCAGUUCAAUAUCCACUGAAAACAGCUCAAAGGAUGACACAAUAAUCCAGGCUAACAACGCUGAGAUAAAACCCUUUGAAGUGGAGGUGCAACAGGAGACACAGAGUGUUAAAUCAACUCCAGGAAAAGUAAAGAAGAAGGUUAAAUCUGCAUCAGCAAAAGGUCAAAGUAGACCAGUGGUUGUUAAACCACCACCAGUAAAAAAAGAAACUACCCCUGUCAUCACACUUUCCCAGUUUGAAACUAAGAAAUCUUCAAGUGUAAAAUCUACACCGGUGAAGGUUAAAGGGAAUCCUCGAAAGAUGAAAACCAAACCAGACAAAGACCAACGUGCAGAAAAUCCCUCCCCUGACAGUAAAAGCAUUAAAAAAGGUGAGGAAAAUGAGGUUAUCUCAAUCAAGGACAUAGCACAAGAAACUAAUAGCACGACAGCUAAUAAGCAAGGGCUACAAGCUAAGGAAAAAAAGAGGGUCGAAGAGUCUGAAACUAAACUCAGGUCCAAAACAAAAUUAGACAAAGAAGAAAAGGACAUCAAAACUAAAAGUGACUCUGAUGAUAACUUAAAACAUAAUAUCAGGGCCAAGCUAAAGAAGAAAGUUAAAGCUUCCGGCUCGCUGUCAUCACAGGAUGAUAAAUCCCCUGAACCGUUAUGUGAUGCCAUUUCCUUGCAAAGCCCUAACAGAACAGACGUGUUUUCUGUCAGCGGAGUCAAAUCUAUGCAAAGCUCUGAACCUGUUGGCAUGGAUUUGAUUGAAUCUGAAGCAAACAGAGAAGAAGCUAAAGAGGAAAAACCAAGGUGGAAAGAAAUUCUUAGUGAUCCAGCAUCUCUUCUUCCUGCUGUUGGGAUGGCGACUGCAGCUAUUGGUCUUCUCAGUGAGGCAGUGACUAAUGUAGAGGGUUUCCAGUCUGACAGUGACAAAAUUACUUCAGCACAACCUGAAACACCUCUUAAAGCUAGACAGUUCACAAAGCAGAAGGCAGUUAUGCAGCCUUCCUUCUCCUCCACAUUGUCACAUUUUACUUCAAAUGAAAUGGAAGACAAUACUCAGGAAGAAGCUCAAGUGAGCAUCCUGUCAGAGUCAGAAAAUUCUUCCCAACUCAAGGACUGUGAUGACAGCACCCAUGAUACAGCCGACCAGGAAGCAGUGAAAAGUGUCACGUCUGAGCAGGUCACAAGUCAAGGCUUGGACACUUCCCAAAAUGACGAUGGAGAAAAUGAUGAGAAAAGUUUUAACUCUGAAGAGGAUGUGGAUGGCAAGAAAGAUAAAACAAAUACUGAUGAUGAUGAAGAGGGAGAGAGUGGCAGUGAUGUGGAAAACAGUGACUCAAAUGAGGGAAGUGAAAGUAUCAGUGGCACAGAGGCUGUGUUGAAGAAUGAUUCCGGAGAGGAUGAUGAAGACCAAGAUAAUAAAUCUGAGGAAGAGGAGAAAACAGAUUCCAACAGUGAAGAGGAAGAUGAAGGAACUGAUAAGAGUGAUGCUGCAGAAGCUGAAGGGGAGGAAGAAGAAAGCAAAAUGGAAACAGAUGAAGGAUCAAGUGAUUCUGAAGUAAGUGAAGCAGCAGAGGAGGAAGAGGAAGGUGAAAGUAAAGCGUCAACAGAAGAGGAGAGUAAAGAAGAAGAGGAAGACAGUGAAGUGAGUGAAUCCGAGGAAGAGGAAAGCAGUGAUGAAUCAGAGGAUGCAGACAGCAAGAGUGAAGACUCGGAGGAAGAAGAGGAGGAUGGAGAGGGGAGUGACUCUGCUGAGUCUGCACAAGAUGAAAAAACGGAGUCUGAUGAAGAGGAGGAAGAUGAAACUGAGGAACAAAAAGAUGAUGACUCCCCUGAAAGUGAGGAUGAGGAAAAAGACUCAGAGGAAGAGAGUAAAGGGGAGGAAGAUAGUGAUGCAAAGGAUGGCUCUCAGGAAGAGGAAGAAGGUGAAACAAGUGAUCAAGAAAAUGAAGAGGAGGGAGAGGAAGAUGAAUCUGCAGAUGGCACAGAAGCUGAAAAUGAAUUUACAGAGGAUGAAGAGGAAGAGGAGGGUGAAGGUGAGGGAGAUACUACAGAUGAUGAAGAAGUGGAAGAGAAGAAUGAAGAAAAUGCUGAAGAGGAAGGAGAGGAUGAAGAGGGAGAGAGUGAAGGUGAAGAGGCUGCUAAAAAUGUGAUUACAGAAAGCAGUAAUGAAGAGGAAGAUGAGGAAGAGUAUGGAAAUAAAGAUACAAAGAUGAGACAAAAUAAUCAGGAUGAACAAUCUGAAAGUAAAAAUGGUCCCGAAGAUGAGGAGAGUGACGAUGAAGAGUAUGAGGAAGAAACAAAUGAAGGGGAAGAUGAAGAAAAUAAGGAAAAGGGAAUGGACAGUGAGGUAGAAGAUGGAGAAGAUGAGGAUGAAGAGGGAGGAGAAGAAGAGGAUCAGGAAGGAGAUGAAAAGAAAGAAGAGGAAGAGGAAGGAGAUGAGGAAGAAGGAAAUGCAGAGGAAGAACAUCAAGACGAAAAUAAAGAGGAGGAAGAAGAAGAGGUGGAAGAGGAAGGUAAUGAAGAAGAGGAGGAGGAAGAGGAACAAGGAGAUGAAGGAGAGGAUGAUGAGCAGGAAGGAAAUGAGGAAGAGGAAAGAGAUGAUGAAAAAGAGGAGGAAGAAGAAGAGGUGGAAGAGGAAGGAAAUGAAGAAGAGGAGGAGGAAGAGGAACAAGGAGAUGAAGGAGACGAAGAAGAACAGGAAGAGGAUGAAGAGCAAGAAGAUGAAGAGGAAGAAGAUGAAAAAGGAGAAGAGGAAGAGGAAGAAGAAGAAGAGGAGGAAGGAGAUGAAGAAGAGGAAGAGGAGGAGGAGAGAGAGAAAUUGAAAUCGACAAAAAAAAGAAAAGAGGAGAGACAGAAGCUUCCCGCUGCAGCUGCUCCUUCAGACAGAAAAGACAGACACCAGAGAGAAGCACCAAAACCAGCACCGAGGACGAAGAGGAGGCCUGCAGGACAAAACACAGAAGAUGGCUCCCAGCAGUUCUGGAACAAUGUCCUGCCUCAGUAUUUGGACCUGCAGUGACCAAACACACACACUCAGCCGAACACUGGAGCAUGGGGGAUUACAUUUCAAACUGAAUACCACCUGCACACUGAACAAGAUCUGACUAAUGACACUGAAAUGUGUGAAAAAUCUUUAUUUCCUGAAAUAAUAAAAUUACUUUAAAUAAAAGAUGUUUUGAAGACAGCACCCCAUGGAGACCAGUAGUUUCAUACUUUAAGGCCUUUUCAUGCUAUAUUUAUAUAUUUAUUAUUUUUAUACAUCAUCCUGGGUCUG